AUGAUUGAAAUACAAGCUAAUGAUAGGUUAGGUAAAAAGAUUAAAGUCAAAUGUUUACCAACUGAUACUAUAGGUGAUUUAAAGAAAACUAUAGCUUUACAAAUUGGUACUUCGAAUGAAAAAUUAAUAUUAAAAAAAGGUUAUCAAAUUUAUAAAGAUCAUAUAUCAUUAGAUGAUUAUGAAGUUCAUGAUGGUUUCAACUUUGAAUUAUAUUAUGGUUGA